AAAUAAGAUUUUAAAACCCCAACUCGACUCCCAUCAGACAUAAAGUAGUUUUUGUCCUUUCAAGUCUUGAAAGUUCACCUUUCUUCCGCAGGUCCAUUCUACUUUUACGCGGAUCGCGACUCAGUAAUUACCUCCGAAGACAGCACUCCCAAUACCUCGCCGCAAGAUGGAUCACCACGACAUGACUGGCAUGUCGUCCGUGGCGACAAUGACUACGACGGCUGCCGCAGCUGCUGCCACGAGCUCUGGAAAGAGUGGGAUGGGCGGCAUGGGCGGCAUGGGGAGCGGAAACGGUUGCAAGAUCUCCAUGCUGUGGAAUUGGAACACCAUCGAUGCAUGCUUCAUUGCGAAAUCGUGGAAGAUCACGUCCAGGGGCGUCUUUGCCGGAUCCUGCAUCGGUGUCGUACUGCUGGUUAUCGUCCUCGAGAUGCUGCGCCGUUCCGUCAAGGAGUACGACCGCUUCCUCCUCAACAAGCACCGCAAAUCGCUGGCGGCCGCCAAGCCGACUCCAUCACCAAAGACGGCGUCCGAUGACGGCACCGAUGCUCUUCACUGCCCUGCUGUUGUCAGUCAGGGGUACCGCCCGAACGUGUUCGAGCAGGCCAUACGCGCUCUACUGCACAUGUUGCAGUUCGCCGUCGCCUACUUUAUUAUGCUGCUAGCCAUGUACUACAACGGCUACAUCAUUAUCUGCAUCUUCAUCGGCGCCUACAUUGGCAGCUUCAUUUUCCAUUGGGAAACACUCGGCGGUGGACAGCAGACCAGCGCUUCCAAGGAAGCCACCGUGUGUUGCGGUUAGCCUUAAUAGUCUCUGAGGUCUCGAGGAAGGGCGCCUUGUCAUGACAGAAACUCCCUAGUCGGGGGGCCGGUCCUCUUCCCCUCCUCCCCCAUCUCUCCAUUCCUUCCAUCUUCUUUCCUUUUAAGCUUGACGUUAUCUUCUGUAGAAUAUAUAUCUAAUCCUAAUGCAACUUGCCAUGAUCAACAGCAUCAAUCAC